GGAUGCUGGGCCCCGCUUUUGGCCCUGUUGGUUCCCAGCUGCGCCCCUCUUUGCUGCACCCGCUGUCCACUCUGCUCGUUUUUUUUUCUGUGGACAGCAGGUUUUUUCUUUUGGUAUAAAACUCCUCACUGGCCUCUCCCCGUCACCUUCUUGACUCGUCAUCACCAGCACAGCAUCUCUUGCAUCUUCUCUGCCGCUAUUCGACUUCUUUCUUUGUCUGUAUUUUGCAGUUCAAGCACUGAUUCGCUACUUUCUUCUGCCAACUUUUGCUGCUCCUCAAGUUUGGACAGCAUAUCCUAGUGACGUUUGCUCUUCCACCAAAGAGCAUUCUCCUGUCCUUGUGACUUAGCCUUUGGUCUCUUCAAAGGCGAACCCUAUCAUCACGGCUCAUCUAGCCGUGCCGGUCCCUUGCGACAACAAUUUCGGUCUUCGACCUUCUACACACGUCAUCAACGCAAUCCCGCCUCCCGCCUCUGCUUACGCCUAAGCAACUCGAAGCAAUCCUAAAGUUUGGUGGUUUGGAACAUCAGCCUCCCACUCCGUCGUCCGACGACUCCAACGAGCUGCCGCAUAGGAGGAUCCAGGGACUUCUUCCUCUUUCCGAGGAAGAGUCGAGCAGGCCUCGCCCAUCUACUGAAGGAAACGCUUGCCAUUCCUUUCGACCGCCUUAACACCCGCUCAGCAACCGCUUGAGUAUUUCUUUUUACAUCUCUUGUUUGUUCAAGCAACCUUGCAGAUUAAAUCCAAGGAUAUGGUCAUCGCAUCCGCCCUCGUCGAGCAUCAUGCCCAAUCUUAUAAUCAUAAUCACCUUGCGGUGAAAAAUCCUGCACCGGCCGACUCUAUCAACCGCGAUGGGGCCUCUAUUGGCAAGCACUUGAUCGGGCAAGCCCUUCACCAGCGUGUUGAGGCUGUCGACCAUGAACUCUGUGAGCCCGGUGACGAAGAUACCUUCUUUGUUGCUGAUCUCGGAGAGGUUUAUCGUCAACACCUUCGCUGGAAGAAGAACUUGCCUCGCAUUCGCCCCUUCUACGCUGUCAAGUGCAACCCCGACCCCCAGGUUCUUCGUCUCCUCUCUGAACUUGGCACCGGCUUUGACUGCGCCUCCAAGACCGAAAUCGAGCAGGUCCUUGCCAUGGGCACAACUCCUGACCGCAUCAUUUAUGCCCAGCCUUGCAAAACCAACUCUUACGUCCGCUAUGUCAAGGCUGCUGGCGUCAAGCAGAUGACCUUUGACAACGCUGACGAACUUUACAAGAUCGCCAAGCUCUUCCCUGGCGCCGAGUUGUUCCUCCGCAUCAUGACGGACGACUCCUCUAGCCUGUGCCGUCUCAGUAUGAAGUUUGGUGCUGCUAUGGACACUACCAACAGCCUUCUCGCCCUUGCAAAGGAACUUGGCCUUCAGGUCGUUGGCGUCAGCUUCCACGUUGGCUCCGGUGCCUCUGACCCCAUGGCAUUUUAUGGCGCUGUCCGUGAUGCCCAUACCGUCUUUGAAGAAGCCCGCGCUCAUGGGUUCAACCUCCGAACCCUUGAUGUCGGCGGUGGUUUCACCGGCGACACCUUUGAGCAGAUGGCAAGCGUCUUGAACGCAGCUCUCGACGAAUUCUUCCCCGCGGGAUCUAACAUUGACAUUAUUGCCGAGCCUGGACGCUACUAUGUUGCCACUGCCUUCACCAUUGCUUGCAACGUCAUUGCCCGCCGUACUGUUGAGGAUCCCUCCCUCAACGGCAAGGGUUACAUGGUCUACGUUAACGACGGUGUCUACGGAAACUUUUCCAGCAUCAUGUUUGACCAUCAGCACCCUGUCCCCAACAUUCUGCGCACUGCCGGCCAGACCAUGUACAACCUCCCCGCUGCUCGCCCCUGCGCUGCCGGUGAUGGUCUUGAGUACUCUAUCUGGGGUCCUACCUGCGACGGCAUUGAUCGCAUCUCCGAGAGCGUUCACUUCAAGAGCGUUGUCGAUGUCGGAGACUGGUUCUACUUUGAGGACAUGGGGGCCUACACCAAGUGCUCUGCUACCCAGUUCAACGGCUUCUCCAACGCCCACGACUGCAUCUACGUCUGCAGUGAGCCUGGCGCAACCGCUCUCCUGAACCUCUAAUGGAAUUUGCAUUUAACCAUUUGAUUUCAUUCAAUGAUUUGCUUGCAUGCAUCGCUCUUGGCGACGCCUCCAAUAUUCUCUUCUUCAUGGGCUAACCCAUACACUCUUCGUUGAGGACUGAACAACUGGUGUUUGAAAGUAGCUGCUAGUAUAUAGCACGCUUCAACAGUCGCUUUUACAUAGUCUUUUAUAUAAAAAUCAUGUUUCGUC